GGGAUUGAGAAGGGCCAGGUGAAAUCAGGUGCCAUGGUGAUAAAUCCUGGAACUAGACACGUCUCAGUAGGUCCCCACUGCGCCACACACAGUACUUACGCCGAUGUUUUUCAUUGUAGUUGUGAGAGUGCAAUUUGUCUUCAGUUGAAGAUGCAUUCUGUAAAGCCCAGGCUUGUUGUUCCAUAUGGCCUCAAGACUUUACUGGAAGGAGUGAGCAGAGCUGUUCUCAAAACCAGUCCAAGCAACAUCACUGAAUUUGCAGCUCUUUACUUCAGAGAGCUAAUUGCAUUUAGAGAAGAAAAUCCUAAUUUGGAUAUAACAGACCUGGUUAGAGAAUUUCAUUUUACUAGAGGUAAGAAAAGUGUCAAAUGUGGCCUCUUAAUCUACUAGGUUUUAAAAUAACAG